AUGGUUCUUAUUCUAUCCUGGUUCUUAUCUAUCUAUCUAUCUAUCUAUCUAUCUAUCUAUCUAUCUAUCUAUCCCAGAACUACUUACUAUCUAUCCUAUGUUCAUAUCUAUCUAUCUAUCUAUCUAUCUAUCUAUCUAUCUAUCUAUCUAUCUAUCUAUCUGAACCUAUUCAUAUGUAUCAAUGUCAGUCUGUUCCCCCUCUUUCUAACUGUCUAUCUAUCCAUGACAUUAAGUUCAUAUCUAUCUAUCUAUCUAUCUAUCUAUCUAUCUAUCUAUCUAUCUGAACCUAUUCAUAUGUAUCAAUGUCAGUCUGUUCCCCCUCUUUCUAUCUGUCUAUCUAUCCAUGAAAUUAAGUUCAUAUCUAUCUAUCUAUCUAUCUAUCUAUCUAUCUAUCUAUCUAUCUAUCUGAACCUAUUCAUAUGUAUCUAUGUCAGUUUGCCCCCACCUCACUCUAUGACAGUAUCUAUCUAUCUAUCUAUCUAUCUAUCUAUUGUCUCGGAUCUAUCUAACUUGAAUAUUUAG